CUAUUUUUUUUUUUUUUUUUUUGUAUCAUUUAAAUCCCAGAUUAAGGCUUUUGAAGAUCUAGCUGUGACUAACGGUCAGUAGUUUGUGUUUCCACUAAUAUCCAGGUAACAGUUACCUACAAGGGGAGAGAGAUACACACACACACAGUCGAGUCCAGCACGCUGAGAGUAAGGAUCGGCGCUGCAGCCGUGCAGUCGAGUCCAGCACGCUGAGAGUAAGGAUCGGCGCUGCAGCCGUGCAGUCGAGUCCAGCACGCUGAGAGUAAGGAUCGGCGCUGCAGCCGUGCAGUCGAGUCCAGCUCGCUGAGAGUAAGGAUCGGCGCUGCAGCCGUGCAGUCGAGUCCAGCUCGCUGAGAGUAAGGAUCGGCGCUGCAGCCGUGCAGUCGAGUCCAGCACGCUGAGAGUAAGGAUCGGCGCUGCAGCCGUGCAGUCGAGUCCAGCUCGCUGAGAGUAAGGAUCGGCGCUGCAGCCGUGCAGUCGAGUCCAGCUCGCUGAGAGUAAGGAUCGGCGCUGCAGCCGUGCAGUCGAGUCCAGCACGCUGAGAGUUCACCCUAGCUUCCAAUCUGAGUAGUGUGUGUGCGUGUGCGUGUGCGUGUGCGUGUGCGUACGUCGAGUCCAGCACAACAUGGCCGCUUUAGCAGCUGUAGACUCUCCUGGAAGCGACGGGGGGCUGCCUCCGGAUUUCGGGAAAGAGAAGGCAAGCCGAGGCGACGCUGCUGAGAGCGAAGGGGCAGGUGUAAUGAACGGGCUGGGCAGCAGCGAGAUGGUUUUAAUACCGCUCGGGGCGGUACCGGCACCGCACACUUCUGCAGGGAACAUGAACACCCCGCCCCCCAAAAUAGACGUGGUCGUGCUGCUGUCAGAAGAGGAGGAAGAGAAAGCAGGGGCACACCCCGGCCAGGACAACAAUACCAGUAAUAAUAAUAAUAAUAAUAAUAAUAAUAAUAAUAAUACCAUUGCAAGAGGAGACGACUCUGGAGGACAUUAUAAACACGAGGAAGGCGAAGCCGCUGCUGCUGGGGAAAGGGCCGAGGCGGAGCGCACACCGGACUGCAGCUCCACAGGAGAGGAAUCUACAUGUCAUCCUGGAAUCCAUGUGCAGGAAAGAGAGGGAGGAGGAGAGGGAGUACACUGUGAAACUGUCCCGCCCGGGUACAGCCAGCCGGAGGAACAGCGCGACACGCACAGCGGCAUCGACAGCGCGGAGCCCCACAGCCACCCUUCGGAUCCAGGCAGGGGGGCGGCGCCCGGGAGGGGGAAGCGGCGGCUGGAGUGUGCCGAAUGCGGCAAGAAGUUCAACCGGCGGGAGACCUUCGAGCUCCACCGGCACCUCCACACCCGCGCCGGCGAGGCUGCCACCCUGACCUGCCAGGACUGCGGGUUGAGCUUCCAGCAACGCAGCCACCUGGUCAAACACCGGCGCCAGCACGAGGCCGGGGCAGGGGGACCCCGCUGCCCCCCGGAUCCCCUGUCCUGGAAGCCCUACCGCUGCCCGCUGUGCCGUGAGGAGUUCCAGUUCACCGCGUCGGUCGACGCUCACAUGCGCGGCCACUCCCUGGACAACCCCUUCCGCUGCGCGGAGUGCGGGGAGCAGCUGUCCUGCGCCGUGGCCCUGCGAGACCACCAGCGCUCCCACGCAGCCCCCCCGAAGACCACCGAGAGCCUGGACUGCGGGGCGGCUCCCCAGCCCCGCCCGGCCGCUGUGGAGGGUCACCGGGAGGGGGAGGAGGAGGGGGCCCACCAGUGCGGAGUCUGCGACAAGCGGUUCGAGCGCGCCAGCCACCUGCAGCAGCACCGCUACCUGCACACGGGGGAGAAGCCAUUCACCUGCCCGGACUGCGGGAAAGCGUUUGCCUUCCUGCAGAACAUGAAGGCGCACUGGAGUAUCCACGACGGGGAGGGGGUCUCCGCGAACAGGCUUCCGGACGCGGACCGCCCCCUCAAGGGCCUCCUGGAGUGCCCCGAGUGCGGCAAGGGGUUCCGGCACCGCUCGGUGAUGGAGGGCCACAUGCGGAAGCACACGGGAGAGCGGCCCUUCCAGUGCAGCCUCUGCGGGAAGCGCUUCAAGUACAGCAGCUACCUGCAGCAGCACCUGGUCCUGCACAGCGGCAGCAAACCCUUCCCGUGCCCGGUCUGCGGCAAGGCCUUCGCCUUCAACCAGAACAUGAAGGCGCACUGGAAGCUGCACCAGGAGAAGCCCCACCGCUGCCCACACUGCCACAAGGGCUACAGCGAGGAGGGGCAGCUGAGGGAGCACCUGGCCAGCCACGCCGGGGACAAGCCUCACCUGUGCGGGCUGUGCGGCAAGAGCUUUGGCCUGGCCUGCCAGCUGCGGGACCACCAGGACACGCACAGCGGGGAGCGGCCCUCCCGCUGCCACGAGGGCUUCCCCUGGCUGGGCAGCCUGCUGGUGCACCAGAAGAGCCACGAGAGCAAGAGGCAGGGCGCAGCAGGGCGGCCGCGCAGCUGGAACGGAAACCGCGCGGGAGGGGCCAGGAACCAGCCGCGCCCCCCCCAGGUCAGGGAGCCGGGGAGCAGGGGCCUCUACGGGGGACCUCAGCCCAGGAGGGACAGCGCGCACUUGUUUGCGAGCCCAGAGGAGCAGGCGCAGCUACUACAGCUGAUGCAACAGCAGCAGCUGCAGGGGGUGGUGGCGCCGCAGCAGAGGUGGCUGGAGGCGCAGCAGAGGGAAGCCGUGCAGCAGGAGCUGCGGCAGCUUGAAGUGAGGAACAACGUGCAGCAGCUGCAGCAAAGGGACUCGGUGCAGGUUGAAAUGCAAGAAAGGGCAACGGCGCAGCAGCAAAAGCGCUUUGAGCUGCAGCAGUGGCAGGAGCGGGCGACCGAGCAACAGCACACUGAGCUGCAACUGCAAGAAAGGGCUUUCGGGCAACAGCAGCCGCUAGGAGAGGAACAGCAGCAGCAGCAGCAGCAGCAGCAGCGCAUGGAGGCGCAAGAGACAGCAUUGGAGCAGCAGUGCAUUGAACUGCGGCAGACGGAGGAGAGGGCCGGAGAGAAGCGGUGCACGCAGGAGCAGGAAAGAGCCGAGCAGCAGCAGAGAGAGGAGCCGCAGCAGGGUGGUGCCAGCGAGCAGGAGGAGGUGCAGGAGCAGCGAGGGGGGGCCCCUCCGCUGAACGGCUCCGAACCGCAACCACUGCGGCCGCCGCCGGCAGGGGACAGGCAGCUCCAGUGCAUGGAAUGCGGCCAGGCCUUCCCGCGGGAAGCGGCGCUCCACGAGCACUACAUGGAACACGCCCGGGGAGACGUGUGACUCGGGUUUAACCCUUUACUGGAGCUUGCAGGGCCAAGCUGGGGGGCAGCAACACUGCAGGACUGAGCUGGGUGCCCCGGAGAAUACAGGACAGCUGGACAGAGGUUCAGUUAUAUGAACUGUGUGUGUGUGUAUAGAGAGAAUGCGUGGGGUGCGUUCCGAAAAGCCUGAGCUGUCUCAGGCUCCCCUCGUGUCCCACAGGUCCACACAGCGACUCUGGCAUUGCAUUCUGAGGCACGGUAACAAUCCCACACCUCACCUCAAGUAUGCAGCAUUAUUAUUAUUAUUAUUAUUAUUAAUUCAUUCAUUAUGGAAUGUAUAUGCCUUGUUGUUCAAUGGGUAAUUCAGCUUUUUUGAAUAUUACUGUACCUUACUGUAUGGUAAAUAAUAAACACACGGUCAUUGUUUGCAAGCUUUUCAUUGUGAGAUCUUUUUUUGCGAUUCAAAUAAAAAAAUAACCCAUAGACUGGCUCUAACAUUAUUAUCACGGUGGAUCUCAACAGCUGUUGCAGCAUCGCUCGGCAGUGCGGGCCGGAUUCAAGUCACUGUUUAUCUCCUCGGUUAGAAUGCCCUGUUCUCAGGUCUAUGGUUUAUAAAAUAAGCCGAGCUCAGUUAUUUAUUUUUAAACAGAGGUUGGGUAUAGCAAAGUUACCCCGUCUGAACUGGCAGUAUUUUUUUUUUUUUACAAUAAACUUUAUUUACAUUUCAUUUUUGCAGUCAUUUUUAACACACACCUCUCUCUCUUUCUCUCUCUCCACACACACACACACACACACACACACACACACACACACACACACGGUUCUCCCCCUUAUAAGGCAGCUCUUUACUCUGCGGAGCAGGUUAUAAGAUGGUACAGUCACGUCUCCAAUCAGCCCCAGAAAGCCGUCACACUAACACUAUCUUCUCGUUCUACAGAUGCAA